AUGUCCUGCGGCCCUGCGCAUUGUGCCAUUGUCGUUGAAAAUGAAGUCCACACAUUGAGCUAUGGACUUAAUCAUGAUGGCAAGCUUAAUAAACAAGAUGGGUUCCUUAUGAGUGUUAUAAGGCUAUCUCCUUUUGAAAAAAUCGCUAUUAAAGAAGUUUCUUGUGGUGCUGAGCAUACGGUGGCAUUAACUAAGCAGGGUGUGAUUUAUGGUUGGGGAUCUUCCAGUUUCGGUCAGUGCUGCUUUAUUAUUACUGAAUUAAAGCUGGGAUCAGAGGCUGGUUGUUGUUACCAACAGCCAUCAUUGAUUGGGUUUUUCAACAAUCCUUGCAUUACUGUCGCUUGUGGCUUUUAUCAUACCUUGACUAUCACUGACGAUCAUUCCCUUUGGAGCUGGGGAUGGGGUAUCCAUGGUCAGCUUGGUCACAGCAGGGUUCAGUUUACACAUUCGGGUCAAGCUGUAGUUACCUAUGACGAGAUUACUUUUGUUUGGGGUAGGAGCCAACAGGACAAUUUAAAAAAGUCUCUUAAUCCUCAAAGCUAUGACAGGCUGCAGAAAAAUUUAUAUUUGGGUGAUGGCAAAGAAUUUCAUGUGUUUGAGCCUAAGCAGGUCUUGAUACCAACUAGGGGAAAAAUCCUACAGGUCAGCUGUGGUUUGGAUUAUACAAUUGUUUUGGUGAAAGGAGGGAGUGUUUUCAUCAUUCGUCGUGGCUGUAUUAAAGAAGUAGCUACCAACUCAAGAAGCUGGAAUGGCCCUAAGAAUAUUCAAAGUGUCUGUGGUGGAUACUUCUAUUCAGUCCUUACUGAUGACCUAGGCAGAGCGUGGGUUAUAGAUCAAAUUUUUGAUGAUGUUAAAUGUCACAUUGUUAAAAACAUAACUACCACUUCUGGUAUUGAUGAGAGAAAAUCCCUUAAUGACAUUGAGCAGGAUGGAAAUAAGUUGAUAACCAAAGUCGAUUCCAGUAAUAAUAAUCUAGAAAGUGAUAUCUCAUUUAAACCAUACAACUACGAUUCUGUAGGAAUUGCACUCUCAAUGUUAAAAGGAAUAUAUAAUAACGAAAAUUUGAUAAGGUUUUGCAUAGAUGGUAUGCAUUGGGAAUUCGUGUCAAAACUUUUCGACAAUUGUAACUUAAUUCCUCAGAUAUUUAAUGCUUGGAAAGUAGUCAAUAUGCCAAACGAAGCCAUUGAAAAUAUUUUGAUGGACUAUUUAGAAGUUCUAUCGAGAUGUUUGAUUUACUUGUUGUAUAAGCAAUCGCAUAAUGGGAAUGUCAAUAUUCAUAGUUAUAUGAAUCGAAAAAUAUUCACUCCUAGCAUGUGUUUCAAUGUUAAAUUUAUAAAUGUUGCUUUACAAAUGCUGGAGAAUGAUAAGUUAUCCUAUGCAGAAGUUUACCAAGCUCGUUUUAGAUCCCAUUCCAGCAACGAUGGCCUAAUCGCACGGCAUUUUUGUCGUGAUACAGGCAAAAAUUUCGAUACUUAUAAGCGUAGAUGGCAGCAAGUUGCUAAUAACGUCGACAAGGAUAUAUCAUACGAACAGUGCCUUUCAGUAUCACCUGCGUUGAAAAGGGUCAGCAGUGGUAGCUCAUUCGAUAUCUUGCGCAGGGAUGAAGAUGAUGUUGAAUCUAGGAAUAUUGUUAUCUUCGGUUGUGGUCAUAGUUAUAGCAGAGAUUACUUUGAUUCGCAUGUUCUUAAAGGUUACUUGGACAGGUCAAAACUCAGAGAUGAUAAGGAAGCCACCUUUUCUAAGACUUUAAUCAGAUUAUAUUCGCGUGCCGUCACUGAACAGAAAAUUCCAUCUGCUUGUAUAAUUUGUGUUUCUAAAAUUUUAUCUGCUUUAAAAUAG